AUCCAGUAAACCUCUAAGCCUUUGUCUACCAUCCUCGCCUCUCUAUAGCCAUGGCCGUACAAACUCCCCCACGCGUACGCGCCUGUCUAUUCGACAUGGACGGCCUCCUAAUCGACUCGGAAGACCUCUACACCACAUGCACCAACAUCGUACUCCACGAAAACAACCGCCCCUCCCUACCCUGGUCUAUAAAAGCGCAACUCCAAGGCCGCCCAGGACCGCAAGCCUCCGAAAUCUUCUACGCAUGGGCACAACUCCCUAUCACCCCGGACGAAUUCUACGCCCGCCUUGCACAACUCCAAAAAGAGCAUUUCCCAAAGACGCAGCCGCUACCGGGGGUGUUAGAGUUGCUGAAAGGGUUAAGGGAGCGGCGGGUUAGGACGGCGUUGGCGACGAGUAGUCAUAGGCGGAAUUUCGAGCUCAAGACUACGCAUUUGCCGUAUUUGUUUGAGCAUUUUGAGGAGGAUCAUACGGUUUUGGGAGAUGAUGAGAGGAUUCCUACUGGCAGAGGGAAGCCGGCACCGGAUAUUUAUUUGUUGGCGUUGAGGACGAUAAAUGAGGCAUUGAGCGCGAGCGGGGAAGAGGAGAUCAAACCAGAAGAGUGUUUGGUGUUUGAGGACAGUGUGCCUGGUGUGGAGUCGGGGAGGAGGGCGGGUAUGCAGGUUGUGUGGUGUCCUCACCCGGAGUUACUGGAAGAGUAUAAGGGCAGGGAGAAGGAGGUGCUAGCAGGGCUGACGGGUGCGCAUAAGGAGGAAGAGGAAGAGGAGUUAGGUAAAUCCGAAGUGGAGGUUCUGCCGGGGAAGAGGAGGGUGGGACAGCCAGGGGUAAUUGAUGAUGGGUGGGCGAAGUUGUUGCAGACAUUGGAGGGCUUCCCGUACCAUAUAUAUGGCAUGGAGGAGGUGAAUGGAAAGGAUGUGCCAAAGUGAGAGACUUAUGUCACAGGAAUGUGGGUCACGAGAUAUGAGCUAUGAGAGCAUGAGAGCCAAAGCAUUAGGUCAAGGAGGCAUUAGAACCCCCAACAAUAGCACUACAUUAGAG